UAGACCAGACGACACCCUCCAGGAUGGCGACAGGUCCCAGACUCCCGAUUCCAUCCAGCUUUGGUUUAGCGCAAACCAACAGGGAGACCAUGAUCGUGGCCUCCUCCUCCUCCUCCCAGGUCCUUGCAGCGGCCACUCUCUUCACCCUGAGAGCGGUGGCGGCAUCCGGCGGCAACGGCAGCGCCACCCUUGCCUUGUGCGUCCACGUCGACGGCGUGCACUCGAGCCCGGACUCUCCGUUUUACGGCGCCUUCGGUUACAGUCUGUGACAGGUUGUGGAGGCAGCUAGCGCGUCCGACAGAUUGUCCAGUGUGACGCGCUACGAUCAAAGAAGGGUCACCACCACCACCGGCCCGGACCGCGCGGACGAGUAUGCGCUCGCGCAGUGCCGGCCCGACGUGCCAGCGGACGAGUGCUUGCGCUGCCUCAAUGCCUGCCUUGGCACACUUGACACCCACUGCGACUCCGCCGCGGUGCGCUAUGACAGCUGCCUCCUCCGCUCCAGUCCACACAACUUCAGCAGCUUCGAUGUCGAUGAGUACACGGUGGCCGUGUUCGACGGCAACGCGCCUAGCCUCCCGAAGAAGGUGCCUACUGGCUUGCUCGGCAAGGUGGCAGCCAACGCCACCGCGAACAGAUCCAGGACCGCUGCAGGGAUAGCGGACUACCCAGAUGCAGCGGCAACCGGCGGCCGUGGCCGUGCGAGUGUCUACGGGCUGGCCCAGUGCAUCACCCAGAUGACGGCGCAUGACUGCGGCAGCUGUCUCCGCGGCGCGCUGUCACGCCUCUCCGACGAGUUCAACUCCACUGCCGGGAUGCAGGUCCUUCGCCCCAGCUGCAUGCUGCGGUACGCGGGCUCUCCCUUCUUCAACGCGUCCCUCCUGCCCGUGGCCCAUGUCACCGUCCCAGAGGGCGACGGCGCCGCGGCUCCGGAAGGAAGCAUUUCCCUUCCACAGAACAAAGAUCGAGGCAAGGUGAUUGCACUUUCUUGUUCUGCAGGCGGAGCUGCUAUACUCGCACUAAUCCUAGUAGCAUUGUGGUGCAGACGGAGAGGCCGGAAAUCAAAGAUUGCCACGGGUAUUCCCCAUUCAUCUUUCUCUUACGAGUACUGUUUCGCAGCUCAACUCAAGGCUUCACACAUUUGUUCAGGGGGUGGUAAGUACAGCUACCAAACUCUGGUGAAUGCCACUGCUAAUUUCUCCGAGGAAAAUCGGUUAGGAUCUGGUGGAUGCGGCGUAGUAUACAAGGGAAUACUGGAGAACAAGAAAGAAAUAGCCAUAAAAAAACUUGCAAGAAAAAAUCUGGAAGAACUGAAAAGGGAGGUUUCUCUGGUUGCCGAGCUUCAGCACGAGAACCUUGUCAAGUUCUUGGGCCAUUGCUUUCAGGACGAUAAGAUGUUUCUUGUAUAUGAAUACCUUAGCAAUAAAAGCCUAAGCAACUAUUUCAAAGGUUCAGCCGAGUACCAAAAACUGGACUGGGCAAAAUGGCUCAACAUCAUCAAAGGGGUUGCACGUGGCCUUACUUAUCUUCACCUUGAUUCUGGGAAGGAUAUUGUUCAUAGGGAUCUCAAGCCAUCUAACGUCCUCCUUGAUUCCAACUUUGCUGCGAAAAUUGCCGACUUCGAUCUUGCAAGAGGGUACAACAGGGAGAGGAGUCAUGAAAGCACUCGUAACAUGGCCGGUACUUAUGGAUACAUAGCUCCAGAGUGCUAUGCGGAAGGGAAAUUCUCCACCAAAUCGGACGUGUAUAGCUUCGGGGUGCUGGUGCUGGAGAUCUUAGUUGGGCAGAGCAUUAAUAGGUUCGAGAACGACAACUGCACCGGUCUCGUGGAACAUGUAAGGGAUCCGCAUCUCAGUCAUUUCUUGUGUUUUUUAUCUGAACCGGGCAACCAUCUCCCUGAGCUGCAGGUGUGGCAGCAUUGGAGCGACCUUAGAGUUGGAGACGUGCUGGAGAGGGACCAUCUUGGCCUUGGGAACCAUGAGCAGAUGCAGCAAGCAUCACGGUGCGUGCAGGUCGCGCUCCUCUGCGUUCAGAACGACCGGUCCAGGAGGCCGGCCAUGGACGAGGUCACCUAUUUCCUUAGCAAUGAGAUGCUUGUGCCGGAUCCUUCUGCCCCCGGGUACAUCACGGCGCCGCCCGGCAGCGGGCCGCCUGUGUGUUCGGUGAACGAUGUGACGAUCAGCAUGACGGAGCCCCGAUCCUGACCGGAAUGUUUCGUCUCGGGAUCUCUCUUGCACAUGAGUGGUGCACCUACGCUUGCCUAGAAGAUUUCCUAUCCUACAGAGAACAGACUCUGUUUAAUCCUGCAAGAAGUUGGAUCUUUGCAAGAUUAUCCAUUCUACAAAAAACUUGCAAAUAUCUGUUGGCAUCAUUGUUACGUAUAUGACUACCAAAAUUACAAAAUGGAGGAGGAGCUCCAAACUUUGUG